GGGCGUCCAGUUUACAUUGUCUCCCGACUUCCUCAUUUCCACUCGGGAAUCCGUUGGCCUCGCACCGGAUAAGUCUUUGUCUCAGUUCUUCCAAGGCUCUAGAGACUACCCCGAGUCCCCAGAAGUGGCCCACAGCCUCCGGACCUCGAACCACGCCGCCCGGGUCUCCCCGUAUCUCAGGGGAAUUUGGUCGCGUCCUCUGCGACCCCUGGGAUGGCGUCCGCGUCGUCAUGGCGACGCUCCGGGCUGUAGGAGGCGGCGACACCUCAGAAUCCUACCCCGGAACCUGCUCCCGAGAAAUGACCUUUGGCUCUAAAAAGACUCCAUUUUUCACGAUAAAAUGGCAGCAGUGAAAACCCCCAGCAGAGAAGUAAAGAAUGCGGAAGAACCAUUUCAGAACAUGUCACCCCUCCCUUUAAGGAGCCUAGUGGAGGAACCUAAGAAAAGAGGAGCAGUACCUAAUCACCUCCUGGAAUCCAAGGUUUAUGCAAAACUUCUGAAAAAUAAAGUUCUACAGGCAAAACCUGGCAUCUUGCAUUUUGGAGGCUAUCAAGUAGAAAAACAACAUCAACAGAUACUGCAUCUGGUCAACAUUUGCAAUGAAGACACACAUGUUCAUAUUUUACCCCCACAAACCAAAUACUUUCAGAUCAAGUAUGUAAAAAAGGAGAACCGCCUUGUCCCUGGCUUGUCCCUCACAGUCACCGUUAUAUUUUCCCCAGAUGAGUGGCGAUACUAUUAUGAUUGUAUCCGUGUUCACUGUAAGGGAGACGAGACUUUGCUUGUUCCCAUCCAUGCCUAUCCUGUCGCGAACACACUGGACUUCCCCUCAUUUAUAAAUCUAUCAAAUGUUCUACUUGGUGAAAGCAAAAGUUAUGUGAUUCCUCUGCAAUGCAGUUGCCCUGUGGAUUUCGAGUUUCAUGUGACCUUGAUUCAGUCUCAUCCAGCCUUUACUGUUGAGCCAUCAUCAGGAAUAAUUCCGGCGAAUGGGAAGAUGAAUGCCACUGUCCGGUUUACCCCCUUUCAAUAUGGGACCGCACAGAUCAAAUUGCAGCUAUGGAUCUCACAGUUCAACUCUCAGCCCUAUGAAUGUGUCUUCACAGGAACGUGCUACCCCAACAUGGCUUUAAAAUUAGAAGAAUUUGAAAGAUUAAAUACUCUUGCUAGGAAAGUAGCUGUUCCUCCAGAAAAGGCAAUGAUACCUGUCCGUUUUCACCAAUUGACAACAAAUCUUAAGCCUCCAAAGCUUAAGGAAAUUGAAUAUCAGAACUUGAGGUUUCCGGUAGAUUUAUCAAAUCCAUUUGCCGUGGCAACUGUGCUAAACCAAGAGCCAGGAAAAUUGAAGAUUAAAGAAUUAAGAGAAGUUUUGGACCAAGGCACUGAGAUUUCAAAAACAAGGCAGAUGAAGGAAGCGCUCUUUGAACAGAAGGUCAGACAGGACACUUAUGAAGAGCUUGAAAAUCACCUUAAGUGGCAGGUGCACCUCGGGAAAGACCCCAUGUCCUUUAAAUUGAAAAAAGACCUUAUGGAGGAGCGGCAAAGAAUAAACCAGAAGUACAAGCUAGAUAGAGGAGAUCCCAUUUUGGAAGAGGAAUUUCAGAGACUCAAGACAGAAGUUAACCCCAAACGGGUUAUACGGGAUCUGGAAGAAAACAUCAGGGAGUUUCAUCCUAAUUUUGAUCCCGUCAUUAAUAACACUUGGGUCAACAGGUUCAGGGCGCAAAGACGGUUUCAACAAGCAGCACGCAAGGUCAUUGUGCAUCACCGAUUACUUACCAUGCUGGAUGCUGUCCGUAACAUGCGUGGAGAAGCCGUCAUAAGAAAGUUCACUGAGGGAAGACAGUCCACAGCACAAGACCAGAAUUCCUCCAAAUACCUGCUGUCCCAGGUCAGCCAAGAUGAUUAUCCCAUCCAGUUCCCUGUGUCACCUGAGACCGUGCUGCCCUUUGCCUUCCCGUCCUACAGCCCUCCGCAGGGCUCCAACGAGCUGGCACCUGGUGGCCUUGGACCAGUCCCAAUUAAAUCAUCAGAAAUUCAAAUCAAGCAGCCCUAUUCCUUCUUCAAUUUGCAGGUUCCUCAACAGUACAAGAUCAAGGGGUACCAGCCCAUCUCUGUCCAGAAGGCUUCAAACAGCUACAGACCUCAGAAGCUCGCCCGGGCCCUGAAGCAAGGAGCUGAGGACGAAGCCACCACUGUCAUAGCCCUGCCCAAGGAGGAUGCAGUGUGCACGCCCCAGCUCCCAGGAGAGACCUCCAUCCUGAGCAUCAAACUCCCGGAGGCCAUGGCCAGGGCCCCCGAUUAUGACCCACUCUACAUUUUUAAUCCCAGCCCAGGACUAUUUGCUGUGAUGCACCCUCUGACCUAUGCAGAAACCUUGAUCGAUUACCACCUGUGCUCUCACCCCAAGUACAGGUUCACCAAAGAGUCCCACUCUGGAUCCAGCAUUCCCCUCACCCAGAAGCAGUUUCUCCACCACACGGACAUCAUUCCCGGAGUGAUGACCUGGAAGAAGUUCCAGUCCCUGGCCCUCUCAUCCCUGCCCGAAACCAAUAAGAUAGAGAUGUCACAGAGCUGUGAUUCCUUCAAUUUGGUCAUGCUUCCUGUAAAUGUCCCUGCCAUUCUUGACGCCUUACCAGAAGAAGACAGGAUGGAGACAUUUGAACGUGAGCUCUGUGAACAGAGUGUAGAAAUUAUGCUAACUCCAGAAAUGAUCGAAGUGGAGUUCCCUAUGUUGGACUACAAGGACACCAAGAAGAAUAUAUCUAGAGAGAUGAAAGACCAAGCACAGCCGGUGGAGAAGGCAGCGGAAAAGGUGCUUGAGGAGAUGAAGAAUCUUCGGGGCAAAGCUCUCAACUCAUACCUGAUUCUAGAAUAAAGAUUCCCCAAGAGGAGAUAGAUGGGCUCCUGGAUAAACAUUUGCAACCAGCCACCUGUCUACCCUUCAAGAUAGAAAUAUCAACAGGCACAAGGCAAAUAACUGGUACUUGUCUUCUGUGAACUUGUUAAACAAUGGUAAUGACAGCAUCAGAAGAGAGGCUGAGCCCGGCUUGGACAAAAGACCAAGAGCUUGUGUACUCCCCAUCCUCAGGGUCGGGAGACCUCAACUACACAUGUCCAGAGAGAUCCCCCCAACCCCGUCAGAAUGGGAGAGGGUGCCAGACCAUAAUAAAUCUAGGUAACCUUCCUGCCAUGCUUUGCUUUGGAAUCCAUCUUGGCCAAAAGAUGCGCAUGCAGAUCAGGGAGGGCCCUGGGUCUGGUCAGGAGUAAAAGGUAAAACAAGAUAAUUGGCCAAAGGGAAACAAAGACCCAGAAGAACUGCCCCAUAUAAGUGGUUUAAGUCACCUCUCUGGUGCUCCUCACUCUGGGGACGCCCACACCCUUGCUCCUUUGGGUGUGUGUUGCUGCUCUGCUUCUGCCUUCGAUAAAACAGACUGCUUCUCCGUGUGCUCCCCCACAUGUUCUACUGUGAUGCUAACAAUAAACUUUAUACCUCUUUUCACAGCAUUUGCCUCCUUGAAACAUUCUUGCUUUCAACAGGGGACAAGA